AUGGUGCUUAUCGCGGCUACGGUAUGCACGAAAUCAGGGAAAGCUUUGGUGUCUCGUCAAUUCGUGGAGAUGACCAAGGCUCGUAUAGAAGGGUUGCUAGCUGCCUUUCCUAAGCUAAUGACCGGUGGCAGACAGCACACAUUUGUAGAAACAGAAUCUGUAAGAUAUGUGUAUCAGCCAUUGGAUAAGUUAUACAUGUUGUUAAUCACAACUAAAGCAAGUAACAUUCUUGAAGAUUUGGAAACCCUUCGGCUGUUCAGCAGAGUGGUACCAGAAUAUUGUACUCAGCUUACUGAGGCAGAGGUAUUAAAUCAGGCAUUCAAUUUGCUGUUUGCGUUUGAUGAAAUUGUAGCCCUUGGUUACAGAGAAAGUGUUAAUUUGGCUCAGGUGCGUUCAUUUGUGGAGAUGGACUCUCACGAAGAAAAGAUCUACCAAGCUGUCAGACAGACUCAAGAGCGAGAAGCAGCGAACCGUAUGCGAGAAAAAGCAAAAGAGUUACAACGCGAGAGAUUGGAAGCGGCCAAAGGAAGGUACACUGGAGCUUCACACAAGUCGUUUGGAACUGGUUUCGGCAGUUCUUCAAUGUCAUCAUCUGCUGCAAGCAGUGAGCCAAUGAUCGAAAAAAUACCCACCACACCCGUCAAAGAGAUCCGUAGCACUCGUUCAGCGAUGAAGCUCGGUUCUCGUGGUACAGACGCGGACAGCUUCGUGUCUCGUCUCCAGACUGAAGGUGAAAAGAUCGCCCCCGCACCCACAGCUGUCGCUAAAGUUGAGAAAGUACCCGUUGCUGACCAGAAAGACGUCCAUCUACGUUUGGAAGAGCGCUUGAACCUAACAGCGGGCCGUGAUGGCGAUAUUCAAAACUUUGAGUUGUCCGGUCUCUUGACGCUGCGUAUAACGAACGAGUUGUACGGACGGAUUCACGUGCACGUCGAUAAUAAGGACACGAGGCCUUUACAACUUCAGACUCACCCCAACGUGGACAAAGAAGCAUUCAGAUCAGAGGGAGUGAUUCGUUUGAAGCAAGCUCAAAGGCCAUUCCCGAUGAACAGUGAUGUCGGAGUCCUUAAGUGGAGGUUGGCAACCGCCGGUGAUGACAGACCACCGCUUUCAGUGAACUGCUGGCCGUCAGAGGGCGCUAACGGCGGUUGUGACGUCAACAUUGAGUAUGAGCUAGAACAAGAUCACUUGGUGCUUGCAGAUGUCAAUAUUAACAUUCCUCUGCCAUCUGGCAACACCACGCUUGUCGUCCACCAAUGGGAAGGUAGCUACAGUCAAAAGGGCAGAACUCUUGUCUGGAACAUUCCAUUUAUUAAUAAACAACAGAAAAGUGGCACUUUGGAAUUUACUGUUACUCCAGCGAUACCAAACGAUUUCUUCCCGCUAACUGUCAGUUGGACAUCUGAAACGUCACUAGCUUUAUUGUCAUCUCACAAAGUGGUGCAGGCUGAUGAUGGGACACCGGUGGACUUCUCACAGGAAAUAUCUUUCCAUCCUGAUAAAUAUGAAAUCGUUUAA